GAACUCCUGUCCUUCCACUAUUGUGGUCUUUUGGCUGCUUUGACAGUUGGACUGAGGACUUUUCCUUUUGUUUCUCUCCACUUUUUUAUUCUCAGUGCUCAGACUCAGACUGCUGUAGUGGGAGGAAAAAAUAGAACUAGGAGCUCUUUAAUCCUAGAGAAGGAGCUUUGUAACAGUUACCUUCAAGAAAAGUUUACUCCCCAAAGGAGUAUUUAAUAUUACAUAGACACUGACUCACUGAACAGAGAGAGAGGGGGCGGCUAAGAGGGAGAGAGAGAAUGAUGAGAAUAUGAGAAUUCGAGCCAGCAAGAAAGACAGAAAGAUACUUAACUAAAGAUGAGGGGCAGUUUUGCCUCUUCCUGGAAGUUAUAUUAUUAGUUGGGUUUUUUUGUUUUGUUUUUUUGUUUUUUGAAUCAUGAUGACUGCUAGUUUUGUUUAAAGUAUUUGUUCUGGAAAUACUAAAGUUGGAGUCUACCAGACUGAGGUUAGAAGCAUUUUCUUUGGCAGCAAGAAGAUACUUUUAUAGAAGCCAUGCCUGUACUUGGGGUUGCCUCAAAACUGAGACAGCCAGCUGUUGGGUCAAAGCCUGUUCAUACUGCUCUUCCGAUACCAAAUCUUGGCACUACUGGGUCACAGCCCUAUUCAUCAAGACCUUUGGAACUUACUGAAACAGAGAGCUCAAUGCUUUCUUGUCAGCUCACAUUAAAAUCAACCUGUGAAUUUGGAGAGAAGAAACCCCUCCAAGAAAAAGCUAAAGAGACAGAAGACAGUAAGAUUUAUACUGACUGGGCCAACCACUACCUAGCAAAAUCGGGCCACAAGCGGCUGAUCAAGGAUUUGCAGCAAGACAUUGCAGAUGGAGUCCUGCUAGCUGAAAUCAUCCAGAUCAUUGCAAAUGAAAAAGUUGAAGAUAUCAAUGGAUGUCCUAGGAGUCAAUCUCAGAUGAUUGAAAAUGUUGAUGUCUGCCUUAGUUUUCUAGCAGCCAGAGGAGUAAAUGUUCAAGGUCUAUCCGCUGAAGAAAUAAGAAAUGGAAACUUAAAAGCCAUUCUAGGGCUGUUUUUCAGUUUGUCUCGCUACAAGCAGCAACAACACCAUCAACAACAGUAUUACCAGUCUCUGGUGGAGCUUCAGCAGCGAGUCAGCCACGCCUCCCCUCAGGCAGAAGCCAGUCAGGCCAAAACCCAACAAGAUAUGCAGUCCAGUCUGGCAGCCAGAUAUGCAACUCAGUCUAAUCACAGUGGAAUUGCAACCAGUCAAAAAAAGCCUACUAGGCUUCCAGGUCCCUCUAGGGUACCAGCUGCCGGCAGCUGCAGCAAGGUCCAGGGAGCCUCUAAUUUAAAUAGGAGAAGUCAGAGCUUUAACAGCAUCGACAAAAACAAGCCUCCAAAUUAUGCAAAUGGCAAUGAAAAAGAUUCCUCCAAAGGACCUCAGCCAUCUUCAGGUGUAAAUGGUAACAUGCAGCCCCCUGGCACCGUGGGGCAGCCCCCCGCCUCUGCCAUCCCUUCUCCGAGCGCCAGCAAGCCCUGGCGGAGCAAGUCCAUGAAUGUCAAGCACAGUGCCACCUCCACCAUGCUGACCGUGAAGCAGUCCAGCCCAGCCACCUCCCCCACACCACCUGCAGACAGACUGAAGCCCCCUGUCUCAGAAGGGGUCAAAACAACCUCCUCGGGACAGAAAUCCAUGCUUGAAAAAUUCAAGCUGGUCAAUGCACGGACUGCUUUACGCCCCCCACAGUCUCCCAGCUCGGGGCCCAGUGAUGGGGGGAAGGAUGACGAUGCCUUUUCUGAAUCUGGUGAGAUGGAAGGUUUUAACAGUGGUCUGAAUAGUGGUGGCUCAACCAAUAGCAGCCCCAAAGUGUCCCCUAAAUUAGCCCCUCCAAAAGCUGGAAGCAAAAAUCUCAGCAAUAAAAAGUCUUUGCUACAGCCAAAGGAAAAAGAGGAAAAGAACAGGGACAAAAAUAAAGUUUGCACUGAAAAACCAGUCAAGGACGAGAAGGAUCAGGUGACAGAGACAGCUCCGAAAAAGACCUCUAAAAUUGCAAGCUUGAUCCCAAAGGGUAGCAAGACGGCAGCAGCCAAGAAAGAAAGCCUAAUCCCCUCUUCCAGUGGCAUUCCAAAACCGGGCUCGAAGGUGCCCACAGCAAAGCAGACCGUUUCACCAGGCAGUGCAGUGAGCAAAGAGUCGGAAAAAUUCAGGACUACCAAGGGAAGCCCUUCCCAGUCCUUACCUAAGCCCACGACCACUGAGAAGGCAAGCACAUCCAAUUGCCCUGCUCCUUUGGAAGGAAGGGAAGCCAGCCACGCCCCUCCCGCCGGCUCCUGUGCUGCGCUGGUGGCACCAGGCGGGGGGCAGGCCACCGGGAACGGUGCUGUCCAACUCCCCCAGCAGCAGCAACACAGCCACCCCAACACGGCCACGGUGGCUCCAUUCAUCUACAGAUCACAUUCAGAAAAUGAAGGCACCUCUUUACCAUCUGCUGAGUCCUGUACCAGCCCUACUAAGAUGGAUUUAUCAUAUAAUAAAACUGCUAAGCAGUGCCUAGAGGAGAUAUCUGGUGAAGACCCUGAAACAAGGAGAAUGAGAACAGUUAAAAACAUAGCAGAUUUGAGGCAAAAUUUAGAGGAGACUAUGUCCAGUCUUCGUGGGACCCAGAUAAGCCACAGCACCCUGGAGACAACAUUUGACAGCACUGUGACAACAGAAGUGAAUGGAAGGACCAUACCCAGCUUGACAAGCCGACCCACUCCCAUGACCUGGAGGUUGGGUCAGGCGUGUCCUCGACUUCAGGCUGGAGAUGCUCCCUCCCUGGGGGCUGGCUACUCCCGGAGUGGUACCAGCCGAUUCAUUCACACAGACCCCUCGAGGUUCAUGUACACGACGCCUCUCCGUCGAGCAGCUGUCUCUCGACUGGGAAACAUAUCCCAAGUUGACAUGAGUGAGAAAGCAAGCAGUGACCUGGACAUGUCUUCUGAAGUUGACGUUGGUGGAUAUAUGAGUGACGGUGAUAUCCUUGGGAAAAGUCUCAGGGCUGAUGACAUCAACAGUGGGUACAUGACAGAUGGAGGGCUGAACCUAUAUACUAGAAGUCUGAACCGAAUACCAGACACAGCCACUUCCAGAGACGUCAUCCAGAGAGGAGUUCAUGAUGUGACAGUGGAUGCAGACAGCUGGGAUGACAGCAGCUCUGUGAGUAGUGGUCUCAGUGACACCCUUGAUAACAUCAGCACCGACGACUUGAACACCACGUCCUCGGUCAGCUCUUACUCCAACAUCACUGUCCCCUCCAGGAAGAACACCCAGCUGAAGACAGAUUCAGAGAAACGCUCUACAACAGACGAGACAUGGGAAACUACUGAGGAGCUGAAAAAAACAGAAGAGGACUUCGACAGCCAUGGGGAUGGCGCUGGCAAGUGGAAGGGUGUUUCCUCAGGACUUCCUGAAGACCCCGAGAAGACAGGGCAGAAAGCCUCCUUGUCCAUCUCACAGACAGGUUCCUGGAGGAGGGGCAUGUCUGCCCAAGGAGGAGCGCCAUCUAGGCAGAAAGCUGGAACGAGUGCACUCAAGACCCCGGGGAAAACUGAUGAUGCCAAAGCUUCUGAGAAAGGCAAAACUCCCCUGAAAGGAUCAUCUCUACAGAGGUCUCCUUCAGAUGCUGGCAAAAGCAGUGGAGAUGAGGGGAAAAAGCCCCCCUCAGGCAUUGGAAGAUCCACUGCUCCCGGCUCUUUUGGAUUUAAGAAACCAAGCGGAGUAGGGUCAUCUACUAUGAUCACAAGCAGCGGAGCGACAAUAACAAGUGGGUCGGCCACCCUGGGUAAAAUUCCCAAAUCUGCUGCCAUUGGUGGGAAGUCAAAUGCAGGGAGAAAAACCAGUCUGGACGGAUCCCAGAAUCAGGAUGAUGGUGUCCUGCAUGUGAGCUCCAAGACCUCCCUCCAGUACCGCAGCCUGCCCCGCCCUUCAAAAUCCAGCACCAGCGGCAUCCCUGGCCGAGGCGGCCACAGGUCCAGCACCAGCAGUAUCGAUUCCAACGUCAGCAGCAAGUCGGCUGGUGCCUCCACCUCGAAACUCAGAGAACCCACUAAGAUUGGGUCAGGGCGCUCGAGCCCCGUCACUGUCAACCAGACGGACAAGGAAAAGGAAAAAGUAGCUGUCUCAGAUUCAGAGAGCGUUUCUUUGUCAGGUUCCCCCAAAUCCAGCCCCACCUCUGCCAGUGCCUGUGGGACCCAAGGGCUCAGGCAGCCAGGAUCCAAGUAUCCUGACAUUGCCUCACCUACAUUUCGAAGGUUGUUUGGUGCCAAGGCAGGUGGCAAAUCUGCCUCUGCACCUAAUACUGAGGGUGUGAAAUCCUCCUCAGUAAUGCCCAGUCCUAGUACCACAUUAGCGCGGCAAGGCAGUCUGGAAUCACCGUCGUCCGGUACGGGCAGCAUGGGCAGUGCUGGUGGGCUAAGUGGCAGCAGCAGCCCUCUCUUCAGUAAGCCCUCAGACUUAACUACAGACGUUAUAAGCUUAAGUCAUUCGUUGGCUUCCAGCCCAGCGUCGGUCCACUCUUUCACAUCAGGUGGUCUCGUGUGGGCUGCCAAUCUGAGCAGUUCCUCUGCCGGCAGCAAGGACACUCCGAGUUACCAGUCCAUGACUAGCCUCCAUACGAGCUCUGAGUCUAUUGACCUCCCCCUCAGCCAUCAUGGCUCCCUGUCUGGACUGACCACAGGCACUCACGAGGUGCAGAGCCUGCUCAUGAGAACGGGUAGUGUGAGAUCUACUCUCUCAGAAAGCAUGCAGCUUGACAGAAAUACACUACCCAAAAAGGGACUAAGAUACACUCCAUCAUCUCGGCAGGCCAGCCAAGAAGAGGGCAAGGAGUGGCUGCGCUCCCAUUCCACCGGAGGGCUGCAGGAUGCUGGCAACCAGUCCCCUCUGCUCUCCCCUUCUGCCAUGUCAUCUUGCGCCACAGGAAAAUAUCACUUUUCCAACUUGGUGAGCCCAACCAAUCUGUCUCAGUUUAACCUUCCUGGGCCCAGCAUGAUGCGCUCAAAUAGCAUCCCAGCCCAAGACUCUUCCUUCGAUCUCUAUGAUGACUCCCAGCUUUGUGGGAGUGCCACGUCUCUGGAAGAAAGGCCACGUGCUAUCAGUCAUUCAGGCUCAUUCCGAGACAGCAUGGAAGAAGUUCACGGCUCUUCAUUAUCACUGGUCUCCAGCACUUCUUCUCUUUAUUCAACAGCUGAAGAAAAAGCUCAUUCAGAGCAAAUCCACAAACUGCGGCGAGAGCUGGUUGCAUCACAAGAAAAAGUUGCUACUCUCACAUCUCAACUGUCAGCAAAUGCUCACCUCGUAGCAGCUUUUGAAAAGAGUUUAGGGAAUAUGACUGGCCGACUGCAAAGUCUAACCAUGACAGCAGAACAGAAGGAGUCUGAACUUAUAGAACUAAGAGAAACCAUUGAAAUGCUGAAGGCCCAGAACUCUGCUGCCCAGGCAGCUAUUCAGGGAGCGCUGAACGGUCCUGACCACCCUCCCAAAGAUCUCCGCAUCAGAAGACAGCAUUCCUCUGAAAGUGUUUCUAGUAUCAACAGUGCCACAAGCCAUUCCAGCAUUGGUAGUGGUAAUGAUGCUGACUCCAAGAAAAAGAAAAAGAAAAACUGGGUGAACUCUAGAGGAAGUGAGCUGAGAAGCUCAUUCAAACAAGCCUUUGGGAAGAAAAAGUCCACCAAGCCUCCUUCCUCACAUUCGGACAUUGAAGAGCUCACUGACUCAUCCCUCCCAGCAUCACCGAAAGUGCCCCAUAAUGUUGGUGACUGUGGGUCCACAUCCAUGAAGCCCUCACAGUCGGCCUCAGCGAUCUGUGAAUGCACGGAGGCUGAGGCAGAGAUAAUUCUGCAGCUGAAGAGCGAGCUCAGAGAAAAGGAAUUAAAAUUAACAGAUAUUCGACUGGAAGCCCUCAGCUCUGCUCAUCAUCUUGACCAGAUCCGGGAAGCUAUGAACCGGAUGCAGAACGAAAUAGAAAUACUGAAGGCAGAAAAUGACCGGUUGAAGGCAGAAACUGGUAACACGGCUAAGCCUGCUCGUCCGCCGUCAGAAUCCUCAAGUAGCACAUCCUCCUCAUCUCCACGGCAGUCGUUAGGACUUUCUCUAAACAAUCUGAACAUCACAGAGUCUGUUACCUCAGAUAUUUUGCUAGAUGAAGCUGGUGCUGGUGAUGCCACUGGACGCAAAGAAGGCCGCAGUGUGAAAAUUAUCGUCUCCAUAAGCAAGGGCUAUGGCCGAGCAAAGGAUCAGAAGUCUCAGGCAUAUUUGAUAGGAUCCAUUGGCGUUAGUGGAAAAACCAAGUGGGAUGUCUUAGAUGGUGUAAUUAGACGUCUCUUUAAGGAAUAUGUGUUCCGAAUUGAUACAUCCACUAGCCUUGGUCUGAGCUCUGACUGCAUUGCUAGCUACUGUAUAGGAGAUUUAAUUAGAUCCCAUAGCCUAGAAGUGCCUGAACUGCUGCCUUGUGGAUACCUUGUUGGAGAUAAUAACAUCAUUACUGUGAACCUGAAAGGGGUAGAAGAAAACAGUUUGGACAGUUUUGUUUUUGAUACACUGAUUCCUAAACCAAUUACCCAAAGGUACUUUAACUUGUUGAUGGAGCAUCAUAGAAUUAUACUCUCAGGACCUAGUGGUACUGGAAAGACCUAUUUAGCAAAUAAACUUGCCGAAUAUGUAAUAACCAAAUCUGGGAGGAAAAAAACAGAGGACGCAAUUGCCACUUUUAAUGUGGACCACAAGUCAAGUAAGGAGUUGCAACAGUAUCUAGCUAACCUGGCUGAACAGUGCAGUGCUGAUAAUAAUGGUGUAGAACUCCCUGUUGUAAUAAUCCUUGAUAAUCUUCAUCAUGUGGGCUCUUUGAGUGAUAUCUUCAAUGGUUUUCUCAACUGUAAAUACAACAAAUGUCCAUAUAUUAUUGGAACAAUGAAUCAGGGAGUUUCUUCAUCACCAAAUCUAGAGCUGCAUCACAAUUUCAGGUGGGUGCUAUGCGCGAACCACACAGAACCAGUGAAAGGCUUUUUAGGCAGAUAUCUUCGAAGGAAACUGAUAGAGAUAGAGAUUGAAAGGAACAUACGCAAUAAUGACUUAGUCAAAAUUAUAGAUUGGAUUCCUAAGACAUGGCAUCAUCUCAACAGUUUUUUGGAAACACACAGUUCUUCUGAUGUUACCAUUGGCCCCCGACUUUUCCUUCCUUGUCCUAUGGAUGUAGAAGGUUCUAGAGUGUGGUUCAUGGAUCUCUGGAACUAUUCUUUGGUACCUUACAUUCUGGAGGCAGUGAGAGAAGGUCUUCAGAUGUAUGGGAAACGGGCACCUUGGGAAGACCCCUCAAAGUGGGUGCUUGACACAUACCCAUGGAGCUCAGCAUCUCUGCCUCAGGAUGGUCCAGCAUUACUUCAGUUGCGACCAGAAGAUGUUGGGUAUGAGGGCUGCGUAGCCACUAAGGAAGCCACAACCUCGAAGCACAUUCCACAGAGUGACACAGAAGGGGAUCCUCUGAUGAAUAUGCUAAUGAAACUCCAAGAAGCAGCCAAUUACUCGGGCACACAAAGCUGUGACAGCGAUAGCACCAGCCACCAUGAAGACAUUCUAGAUUCAUCUCUUGAAUCUACUCUCUAGAGGGUGAAAGAAGUUAGGGGAAGAGACUAUGCUU